AUCCGAAAUCCCGCGCAGGCGCCAACUCUCGCGAUCUCCGAAGCUGCUUACAUAUUACCCACAAUCCCCUUUUUCUUUCUCUCUACUCCAGCCCGGCAAGAUGCCCAAGGGAAAGAAGGCCAAGGGGAAGAAGGUGGCCCCGGCCCCCGCCGUCGUGAAGAAGCAGGAGGCGAAGAAGGUGGUGAAUCCUUUGUUUGAGAAGAGGCCUAAGAACUUCGGCAUUGGGCAGGACAUCCAGCCCAAGAGAGAUCUCACGCGCUUCGUCAAAUGGCCCCGCUACAUUAGGCUGCAGCGGCAGAGGGCCAUCCUCUAUAAGCGGCUCAAAGUUCCUCCUGCCAUUAACCAGUUCACCCAGGCCCUGGACCGGCAAACAGCUACCCAGUUGCUUAAACUUGCCCACAAGUACAGGCCAGAGACCAAGCAGGAAAAGAAGCAGAGGCUGCUGGCCCGCGCUGAGAAGAAAGCUGCCGGCAAAGGGGAUGUCCCGACUAAGAGACCACCUGUCCUUCGAGCGGGCGUCAAUACAGUCACCACUUUGGUAGAGAACAAGAAGGCUCAGCUGGUGGUGAUUGCCCACGAUGUAGACCCCAUUGAGCUGGUGGUCUUCCUGCCUGCUCUGUGUCGCAAGAUGGGGGUCCCCUACUGCAUCAUCAAGGGAAAGGCCAGGCUGGGGCGGCUGGUCCAUAGGAAGACGUGCACCACUGUUGCCUUCACACAGGUUAACUCGGAAGACAAGGGUGCUCUGGCCAAGCUGGUGGAAGCUAUUAGGACCAAUUACAACGACAGAUAUGAUGAGAUCCGCCGCCACUGGGGAGGCAACGUCCUGGGUCCUAAAUCUGUGGCUAGAAUUGCCAAGCUGGAAAAGGCAAAGGCCAAAGAACUCGCCACUAAACUGGGUUAAAUGUACUGCUGAGUUUUCUGUACAUAAAUAUAAUUAUAAAACUU